AUGACUGUUUCAAAUACUGGUACUACCACCACCACGACGACACAAUCGACUUCGACUGUGAGCCAAAAUCCGAGCCAAUCGGAAACAAACUUAAAAGGCAACAGCCCUCCCACUGAAUUGCAGCAAGCUGAACCUCCUUCUGUAGAAUAUGCUUCAUCAACAACCUCAUCCAGUUCUUCCGAUAUUGGAGAAGGUGAAUCCAGUGUUGAGGAAUAUCCAGAAGAAGAAAUUACUGAAGACUCAACCAACACUGUUGAAAACAGCAACGACUCUACAAUCCAACAACAGAAUACCAAUGUAGAGAGAGAACCUCCUCGAUUGGAUUUAAAUACAGUUAAAUUAUUCGUUGGUCAAAUUCCCUAUUCGUACUCUGAGGAAAAUUUGUAUCCCUUGUUUACACAAUUCGGACAGGUGGCAGAGAUUGUAGUGAUUCGAGAUCGAUUCACUCAGAAAUCCAGAGGAUGUGCCUUUGUGAGUUUCCGUGAUCGGGAAGGAGCUGAUUUGUGUAUUAAGGAAUUGAAUCAGAGAUUUAAGUUACCUCCACUCAAUACACCCAUGCGAGUGAAAUAUGCCUUCACUGAGCAACAAUAUGAAUCAUUUAGUUCCGAGUUUGAGAAUACUCCAAGUAAUGAUUCAUCUUCCAACGGUACGGGUAGUAGUGGUAGUAGCAGCGGUGGAGGUAAUGAAGGAGUGAUGGCGCAUUCUUCAACCUUUCUCAGUACCCUUAAUGAAAAGUUUGAUUUUGGUCAACCUCAUCCUGAGAACAAACUUUUCAUUCGAAAUAUUCCAAAAAGUGUCACUGAAGAAGAACUCUCUCGAGUAUUUGAACCAUUCGGAGAAAUUCAAGACACUGUGGUAUUAAGAACCACCAUUCACACAUCGAAAGGAUGUGGAUUUGUUAAAUUUGUUCAUGCUGAAUCCGCUCAACAAUGUGUCGAUGCGUUCAGAAAUGAAAUCAUUCAACCUCUUCAAGAGAAGAUUUGGUCUCAAUUUAAAGAACACACAUACUCGUCAAACACUUCGACGAAUGCAACGGCAAGCUCCGAACUGCAUGCAGACUCUUCUCAGCAACACCCACAGCCUCGUGUCCUCUCUCAGGAACAAAUUUCCAUUGUCGAUUCCAUCUUUAAGCAAAGUAGUUUCCUGAUUGAGGGAGCGAUCACUCCUCUCGUGGUGAGAUAUGCCGAUGAUGAUACUAAAUUACAGCAACAGCAACAGAAUGGAAACGAAUCCUAUACAAACGCCACACGUGGAGGAGGUGCCUAUUCAAGGAAAUCCAGUUAUUCUCACCCAAUUCCAUCCUCCAACUAUUAUUACUCUCAAUAUUAUAGUGGACCCAGACAACGACGACACUCGACACCGUCUCAUUACCGAUUCACAAAUCCAUACCUUCAACAAUAUCAACGUGGAGUAGCCACUGGAUAUUAUUAUGCUCCUCAGCUACCAACUUCAAGCAGCAACUCGUCGAGUAUGGGAACCACGGCUACGAACACUGCUUGGGGUUAUGGAGAUCCUUCCACUUUUUACGGAUAUACACCAACUACGACUGGUCAAUCCACGAGUGGAAAGGCAAGUGGUAGUGGUCCAUCUGGAGGAGAGGAAGCCAUCUAUUACUACACACCAGCUUCACCAGCCAUGUAUGGACAUCCAGCUUCGGCAGGUUAUGGAGCAAAUGGAACACCUUUGUUAUAUUCACAAGUGGCAUCGAAUGGAUCUUCGAAUGGUUCAUCUGUGUAUCAUAGCACAACUCCCUCUUCCAAUAAUAAUAAUGGUGGCACCGAAGAGAAUGGACGAACCAGUGGUACAAGUACUCAGCAGCAGCAACCUCAACAACCUUUCAUGUAUUACUAUUACUAUUAUCCUCCAACACACAAUCCUUACAAGUAUUCGACCUCGGCUGCAUCCACUUCCAAUAACUAUGGAAGCAACGGUUCAGGAGGUGACACACAAUUGUAUUCAUAUCCUGUUAAUCGAAAUGCUUAUCCAAUGUAUACAAGUUCUUCCACAGGUUAUUCCAAGAAGAGGCAGAAUCAGAAAUCCAAUCGUAUAGACAAAGGAGCUUCCCCUCAGAAUGCAACCAAUUAUAAAUUAUUUGACGAAAAUGCUACUAAUCAGAAAAGGCAAACUUCAAGUUCAGAUGCAUAA